UGAAAUAAAGAAAAAAGCAGCUCAGUCCUUCACUUUCUCCUCUUCAAACCAUGGAAGCCUUCACACACUAAGCCCUAGCCCCUUCGCCGAACAGCUUCAUCUUCAUCUCACUCACUGUCGUCUUCGCCUGUCUUCUGCUCGCGUCGUCAUCUUAGUUUGGUUGCCAAAGUGUUUCCUUUAAACUAGAAGUCAGGGAAUCAAAAUGUCGCGAAGAUAUGAUAGCCGUACAACAAUCUUCUCCCCUGAAGGACGUCUUUAUCAAGUGGAGUAUGCAAUGGAGGCUAUUGGAAAUGCUGGUUCUGCCAUAGGGAUCUUAUCAAAAGAUGGUGUUGUGUUGGUUGGCGAAAAGAAGGUAACAUCCAAGCUGCUGCAAACCUCUUCAUCCACUGAGAAAAUGUACAAGAUUGAUGAUCAUGUUGCAUGUGCUGUUGCCGGGAUAAUGUCGGAUGCCAACAUCCUCAUCAAUACAGCUAGGGUCCAAGCACAACGCUACACAUAUGCCUACCAAGAGCCCAUGCCUGUUGAACAGUUGGUUCAGUCUCUUUGUGAUACUAAGCAAGGAUACACCCAAUUCGGUGGUCUUCGACCAUUUGGGGUCUCAUUCCUGUUUGCAGGUUGGGACAAAAACUUUGGCUUUCAACUCUACAUGAGUGAUCCUAGUGGAAACUAUGGCGGUUGGAAAGCAGGAGCUAUUGGUGCAAACAACCAGGCGGCUCAGUCAAUACUGAAACAGGACUACAAGGAUGACAUUACGAGGGAAGAAGCCGUGCAACUUGCAUUGAAGGUAUUAAGCAAGACUAUGGACAGCACAAGCUUGACCUCAGAGAAGAUAGAAUUAGCAGAGGUUUUCCUCUCACCUUCUGGAAACGUCAAGUAUGAAGUUUGCUCCCCAGAGGCAUUGAAUAAACUAUUGGUGAAGUUUGGGGUGACUCAACCAGCAACAGACACUGCCUAAGUGCCUAGUUUGCUCUGCUCUUCCAUUUCUGAUGCAGGUUUAAUCAAUGACAAUGCUUUUAUUUUUGUAAUGCAAGUGACAUUGUAUUUGCUACACUGUAGUUGACUUUCAACACAAAUUGAUGAUAUUUGCUUUCUUGUUGUUGACCUAUGAUGAUUUGUUGAACUUUCAAUUAUGUUAGUUAUUGUGUUGUAUGA